CCACUGCAUGUUGGGAUGCUGGAGGAUUGGACCGGGAGAGCUUCGGUCCGCCUCGUUACCCCCACAUCUUCUCCUGACUCUGUUCUCCCGCCCUCCGGCGUCCCCGAGUGAAAGUAUCCGUCCAGCUCGGCGUAUGUUUCCUGAGAGGGUCAGCAGGUGCAGCAAUGGAUUGAUGCUGAAGGCCACGGGGAGAGGAGGAGUCUCGGGGAGCCUAGACGAGCCUCAUUUUGGCAGGGUGCUAAACAGAACACCAAGACCUGGGAGGAUGGAAUACUUUCAAGGAUCCAAAUAAUCCUGCUUUCAGGCUCCCUUAACCCUCACACCCACCACCCCUGGAAGACGCCAGACUUGAAGGUUGUUUGUGGAUCCAGUGAACAAGCAGGAUGGGAAAGAGACGUUGUGUACCCCCACUGGAGGCCAAGCUCGCAUCUGGCUGCUGCGGGGUAAAGAAGCCCAAGCUUUGUGGAAACAGCCACGGAGGACCACCAGGCUCCAACUCCAAUUCCAGCUCUGGCCCGGGCUCUCAGCAGGAGGGGAAAGCGGGGUGGGGGGGUGUGGGGAACUUAGCCCUUUCCCCCCCACUAGCCCGAAUUAACUUGACUCCUGCAGUGGUAAGCCCACUGGCGCUCAGGAAUGGAGUAGGGGGCUGUGGGCGUAACCUGGUGGUGAGCGUGGAGAUGUGUUUCUACUGCUUUGAUGUGCUGUACUGCCAUCUGCACGGGUAUCCCCAGCCCUGCCCCCCACGCUUCACCAAUGACCCAUACCCUUUGUUUGUGACCUGGAAGACUGGUAGGGACAAGCGCCUGCGUGGCUGCAUUGGGACCUUUUCAGCCAUGAACUUGCACUCCGGACUCAGGGAAUAUACUCUAACCAGUGCCCUUAAAGACAGCCGUUUCCCUCCACUAACCCGGGAGGAACUGCCCAAGCUCUUCUGUUCGGUGUCUUUGCUCACUAAUUUUGAAGAUGCCAUUGACUACCUGGACUGGGAGGUGGGAGAACAUGGAAUUCGAAUCGAGUUUGUGAAUGAAAAGGGCAUAAAGCGCACAGCUACUUACCUGCCUGAGGUUGCCAAGGAACAGGGCUGGGACCAGGUCCAGACGAUUGAUUCACUGCUAAGGAAGGGGGGCUUCAAGGCAGCAAUAACAAAUGAAUUUAGGAAAACAAUUAAACUAACUCGGUACCGCAGUGAGAAGAUGACCAUCUCAUACUCGGAGUACAUCUCCUCUCAUCAGCACUGCUACCAGAAUGGGACUGUGCAUUCUUCAACCCUCUUUAACCAUUACUCCUGACACAAGCCUGCAGGGUCAGCCCCACCCUUUGGGAGCAAUCAUUGGUGGUGCUGCCAACCCUUCUCCUUGGACCAGCUACUUUUACUACUGCACUAUAUUGUAGCCUAGUGGGUCUGGGCCAUUGCCUUUGGCCCUGGUAAAGGACUGGUGUGCAUCCUUGAUUAGACCUUUGCUUGGAAGAGUGGAACAUAGUUCUGCUGAGUAUCCUCUUUUAGUUUCUUCCUGAUUCAGCACUUGUAUGGUUGCUUUCAUAGCUCAGAGGCAGUAUUUUAUGAUAUUGCCUGUUGGUUCAUUUAUUUCAUUCAUUUCCUCUUUAUUUUUAAGCUGAGCCAAGGCCUGUCUUAACAUUAUGAAAGUCAUUUAAUUAUAUUUUAAAGUUGUCUUUUUUUUCUUUUACCUCCUUUAUCACUAACCUAUCCAUCCCUGCCAAAACAAUUUUAUAAUGUGAGCCUGUUUUCAGUGUUUUCUCAUUUCUUAAUUGAUCCAAACUCUAUCAGCAUUCAUGUCCCUCUGUAUGUGUGACUGAAUUUUUCAUGUUCCUAUAUGCCUUCAUAGCCCAGCACAGCAAACGUUCUCAUAAUUUAUUCCUCUGCCCAUUUCCUUUCUCUGAUAGUUUUAUCCUUCCUUAACACCCCCAGCCCCUCCCCACAACACACAUUUAGCACAUUUGGCUAGUACUGUAUGAUAAGCCCCAAUCCUGUAAAUCAUUUCAUCAUAAUUUUCCAAUUAUGCCUUUUUUGAAGCGCUUUUAAGAAUAUACCAAAUCACGGCAAUCUACUUAAAGAGCUGCCCCCAUCUCUCCACCUUAACUGGUAUCCUAUUAGCAGGGCAUUGGUUUCUGUGGUUUGAGUAACUUCAAAAUAUGAAAAUUGUGCAAAGCUUGUUUUUAAAUGGUUACAAUUGUUUUUACAAGUUAAUCUUUUAAACUUUUUCAUCUUUUAAUUUAAUUUUUCUACAAUGAGAAUGUUAUAUUUUUCUAUUUUAAUAUGUAAUUGUGUAAGGAAAUAUAUUUUAUUUUCAGCAUUGUGGGAGAGCUCUCCUGAACGGCUGGCUAAUUAGAGGCGAAAUCAUAAUUGUAUUUCCUUACAGAAUUAACUCUUUUUAUUUUUCCUCUAUACACAGUCCUUUUGCAACUGCAUUUUAAAGGCAUUAGAGAGCCAAAAAAAAAAUAGGGAACCUGUUGUUCUUUCCCAAUAAGAUGUGAGACCUAUUAGCAUACUGUAAGUGCAAUGUUUUGUAAUGAAUGGAAGAUUCUGGCUGAAUCUAAUUUGCCUCUGUUUAUUCUAAUAAUGUCUGAGAGAGAGAAUAUAUACUGUAUGGAUUUUAUUCUUUGCAUUGUUCUUUUCACCCAUUUUUUGUUCUUUUCCACAUUAACAGUCUUGCAGUUUUCCUACACUACUGCUUUUCUUGUUUGGUUUUCAAAGCCAUUUGUACUGUAAAUGUUUUUGUUUUUUUUAAUAAUGGGAAAAAUGAAACCUGCAUUGCUGUAUUGCAAAUGCAAAUAAUUGGGGCAUCUGCUAAGGACACUAUUUCAUUGCCUCUCUUUUGAGGCACCAAGUUCCAACAGCAACAUUUGCCACAGUUAUCUUCUAUUCUUGCAUUCUCUACUCAGCUAGACUUGUACAAGUGUGCAAUGAGACUAAAAAUAAAUUGGUGGGUGUGUUGG